AUGUUUUUUGGGCCGGGUAAGAGGAAAGGAUUUUCCUCCUUUAAAGUGGUAGACAGAUCAAAUAAAACCCGGAAAUCCACCGUCCAACUUCCUUCUACUCUGCCUCUGGAAAAAGAGCAACAUCGUAGUGUGGAAGAUGUGGAACAAGGUGAAGAAGAGGAAGAUCCGUGCGCUUUGUGUGAUGGUGACCCGCCAGAUUCCGACGAUGAUGUGGUGCCCACUUCCUCCACCAGCUCCUACAAAAUGCGCAAGGAAAGGCUCCACAAAAACUGGGAAUCCUUGCGAUCCACAUUGCUGAAGUUCUCUGUUGAAAUGGAAGGUUUCGUGCCCCAUCAAUGUAAUUGUGGUAAAACGGUGGAAAGUCGAUGCAGGGAUUGUAGCUUUACGGCAUACUUCUGCCUUGAUUGCUGUAAUCACCUGCAUCAGACCAAACAUCAUUUUCAUCACCCAGAAAUAAUACAGGACGGUGUUUGGAAAUUGCACACUGUUCCUGACAGGACAUUGAGUAAUCCCUAUCAUUCUUGCUCAUUUUCCUACACAAGGGAAAUAACGGUUAUAGAUGAAAGAGAAAAGGAAGAUAUAUGCCCAAUUUAUUGA